UAUACACCUUAUAGCAUGUGUAGUUUUCAAAGUUCCGGUAUAUAAUGGCUGUUGUUGAUAUACAGUUGCUUGUACAAACUGUACUUUAUUUUUGUAUAUUUUUAUCUGGAUUUGCAAUAUCUAUUCCUGUCGGCGUUAACACGAUCAAUUUUGAUGGAAUAUGCAUACUUUAUGCAGACUUUGAAAAAGGGGAUGCUAAUUUUAAAUUUAGGAUGCGGUCAAGCAGUAGAGCAAACUGUAAUUUCCCCGUCUAUAUGAGUGUGUUUGCAUGUAUAUUUUAUGGACUAACACUCGGUUGUUACAACGCAUAUGCAGUUCGGAAAUCAAGAGCAAACAUAAAUAUUGGGUCAGAAAUGUGGGUCAUGCCAUUUAUAUUGAUAAAUUCUACUCUAAGCGUGAUGGUAUUGGUCAGUGCAAGCAUGAUAAGUGUUGGUUAUAAAGUAUUUUGCGAUCGGUUAAAAGAAUACUCGGAUGUAAAGAGCUGCGGUGAUGGAAAAAACAUAAAAUGGACAAAUACGGGAACUUCAGACAAAUUUACACCAGGAAACUAUGCAAAUCUACUGACUGUUGCACAGAUUGCUUGUUGGACUGCUUGUUUACUCUUCCUGUUGCAAGUUGCUCUGGGAAUAUUGCGUUUCCAUAGAAACAGACGACUUCGUCAAUCGUCAUCUGAUAGAGAAAGGAUUGGACGAGCAGAACCAACUGCUUAAUGGUUUUACAUUCAAACAUUGAUUUGCCAAAUUACCUACUGGUAUUGACGAUAUUUUCAAUCAGUAGAAAAAAAUUAAUGAUUUGGUUGUACAUCUACAUGUAUAUAUUUUCUCAGUUUCACAUGCAAGACGAAUACACUGUGUAACAUGUUAUUUUUAUAACAAUUGAAAUGUUUGCCUUAAACGAAAAUACAAUGUCCUAACAGUAAAUUCUAGUCAACCACGAUUUAGUAAAAAGGCAGCAUAGAAGGUUGACAAUAAAUCAAGUAAACGUCAUAUGGAAAUACAACUGCUUGUUGAUAAAGUUAGUUGAAAAGGAGUGGUAGCAAAAGUGGCUGUAUACCGACGCAAAAAGUAUAAUCUACUUGGAACAUUGAUAAUUCUCAUUGAAAAAAACGUUAUAAAGCUCAUGAUAUUGGUCAUCUAAUACUCCAAAAACACUGUAUAUAAUAUUACUACAUACGUACCAUAUUCUUUACUAACUGAAAUCAAUAUCAUUAUUCAAACCAAUGUUUA